GAAUUAUUUUUUUUGUUGAAAAAAAUGGCUGAUCUCUGUGUGCAAAUGCAGUCCAUCUUUGCAGGGUUGGUAGCUAGUGUAGGCUACAUAUUAUCCUCUGGUACCUAAAUUGAAGGGCUUUAGCCUAAAAGUGGUUGUAGCUGCUAAACCGUGUAGUAAAAUGAGCUGCCAGUGCCUGUGGGAUUUGCUAGGAAUGGCAUUAGCAGGUGGCCACUCCCACAUCCAUGUGUGGUUAAGAUGACAGCUGGUUAGAAAGAUGUGUAGACAAAUAAAAGUGCACGGAUGACUGACAAGCCCACCCAUUUAGCUGAUUUAAAAAAAUAAAGGCAUGUCUUGGUGGGUAUGGUACCUUUGGGCAGCAUCAUAAAAGCCUCUGACUUCUAUUUCUAGCUUUGACAGGAAGUGUGUGGGGCAGCUGCAGACUAGCAGCAUAAAUCCUAGCUAAUAAAUCAAUGGCUAGUAUGACAUUACUAUCUGUUCCAGCUGGCGGAUAGCUGUUGAUACGUAGGUAGUGUUAAGGGUAAGCAGCACAUUUUCGACCAUUGAGCAAAACAUUUAAUUUAUUUAAUAACAGAGCAUUUUCUAAAUUCCAACGAACCACCUGCAACUAGCCAUGGAUGUUUAGAAGACAGCGGUGGCUUCCAAGUCGGGAAUUGAGGAAGUACCCUAUUGCCAAGUAAAGAAUGAAGAGAAAGUUCUACUCAUGGGAAGAAUGCAUGAAUCUUCGUGAGGUCAUAUCUUUAAAGAAACUCAACCAUGCGAAUGUGGUCAAACUCAAGGAGGUUAUACGGGAAAAUGACCACUUGUACUUUGUGUUUGAAUACAUGAAGGAGAACUUGUAUCAACUAAUGAAAGACAGGUCUCGGCUGUUCCCUGAAUCUGCUGUGCGAAAUAUUAUGUUCCAGAUACUGCAGGGAUUAGCAUUUAUUCAUAAGCAUGGAUUUUUUCACAGGGAUAUGAAACCUGAGAACCUUCUAUGCAUGGGACCAGAGCUGGUGAAAAUAGCUGACUUUGGGCUUGCCCGCGAGAUAAGAUCUCGGCCACCAUACACAGACUAUGUUUCAACAAGAUGGUACAGAGCUCCAGAAGUGCUGCUGAGGUCCACCUCCUACAGCUCUCCUAUAGACCAGUGGGCUGUGGGCUGCAUCAUGGCAGAGCUCUACACCCUCAGGCCUCUGUUCCCGGGCUCCAGUGAAGUGGACACCAUUUUCAAAAUUUGCCAAGUCUUGGGAACUCCAAAGAAGAAUGACUGGCCAGAGGGCUUCCAGUUGUCGGCAGCCAUGAAUUUCCGCUGGCCCCAGUGUGUCCCCAGUAAUCUGAGGAGUCUGAUCCCCAACGCCAGUACUGAGGCCAUCCACCUCAUGAGAGACCUACUCCAGUGGGACCCUAAGAAGAGGCCAGCCUCUGCACAGGCCCUCAGGUAUUCAUACUUCUACGUGGGUCAGGCGUUGGGCACGCCUCAGCAGAUCCUGGAGCAGGGCAGGCCUCAGCCGGGUCCCCUACUUCCACAGCCACCACAACCAUCACAGCAGCCUCUGCAGCAGCAACAACCACUGCUGCUCAAACCAGUGCCCCCUCCCCAGCCAGUGCCCCCAAAUCCGCAUUUCACCUCGUCCAGGCCCCUGCAACAGAUCGAGCCAGCCCCCGCCCCGGUUCCAUUAUACCAGAGGCACACAGAGCUGCUGCGAGAGCAGCCCAACCGCAUAGUGAAGCAGGAGGAGACUGAGAGAGUCCCACAGACCCGUUUACCUUACAUUGUUGACAAGAGCUUGCAGAGCCAGUUGACCCAGGAGGCUGAAAAUGCCAACUUCUUAAGCUAUCAGGUGAAACCUAAGGGUGGAGGACGCCGGCGAUGGGGCCACGGCACAGGCCUCCUAAAGGGUGACGGCUGGGAUGACUUUGAGGACACAGAGCUGACCUCUCUAAGUGUUCUGUGCAAAACAAACUUUCCUACUGAAAAACGAAGAGAGGAGACGUUGAGCAGGUAUGGAAAUGUUUUGGAUUUUAGCAGCCCCAAAGUUAAGGGGCAUGUGACAACAGGUGACGAGGCACCUUUGAAUCUGAACAAGGCAAUGUCCUACCAGGAGCCUUCGAGAACAGCCUCUGCCAAACAGCAUUACUUGAAGCAGUCAAGAUAUCUACCAGGUUUAAGUACCAAAAAGAAUAUGGCAAUAAAUUCCAACAAAGACUACAGUGAAGGCAACCGCUGGGGCAGCAGCAGUAUUCCUGUAGGAGGGACACUUCCUAGCAGAAACACUCAUGGUUCAAAUACACUUCCAAGUGGAUAUGUACCAUCCUAUUACAAAAAAGAGGUUGGCUCUGCCGGCCAAAGAGUGCAACUCGAACCUAUAGGGGACUCGACAGCAUCAAAUUAUGCAACCUGGAGGUCAUCAAGCAGAAGUCAGAUGGGUGCCUCAUCCUAUCUGCCGUCACCCACCAAGACUACACCUGGCCUACGGUCUCGCCCCCCAGUACAGGCCAUCCAUGGGCGCACAGACUGGUCUGCCAAAUAUGGACACCGCUAGUGGCCUCUUUGGGGCACUUGUGUUAUGGCCUGG